AUGAAACCAGAUGUGACCCUUUCCUUAACUCCACCAUCAACUAAUCUUGCUAACUCAUUUAAGCCCGAAGAAAAUGGUGUCAAACUCAUCCAACUCUUGCUCACUUGCGCUAACCAUGCAUCCUCUGGUGAUCUCAAUCGUGCAGACACGUGCCUUCAUCGCAUAUCACAAUUGGCUUCCGCUAACGGUGACUCCAUACAAAGACUGGCUGCUAGAUUUGCCUCUGCAUUGGCAAACCGAAUAGUUAGGCGUUGGCCUGGAGUUUAUAAGGCCCUCAACCAUUCAGGGUCCAUGAGCACGAAUCUUGGGUGGGCCCGUCUGGCUCAUUCUAAGUUCUACAAAUCAUUUCCUUACAUGGCUUUUGCCUAUGCUGUUUUCUCCCAAACCUUGGUUCAAUCUAUGUCUUGGGAUCCAGUCAUCCACAUCAUUGAUAUGGGCUCUGGUGACCCGCAAUUAUGGGUGUCGAUUCUUGAAAAGCUUGCUCAGGGCCCAAUAGGCCCACCUCAGGUGAAGAUCACAUGUGUAAGUGAUAACAAGAUUUUGCUAGAGGAUUUAGGCAUCACACUUUGUAAAGAGGCUAAAGUUUUAGAUAUGCCAUUUCGAUAUAACCCUUUAAAUGUCAAGUUAAUGGACCUUACGCAAGAUAUGCUUGACGUAAGGCAUGGUGAAGCAUUAGCAUUUGUAUCAAUUCUUAAUCUUCAUGUAUUAUUAGCGGAGGAUGACCGUGUUGAUAAACAUUUUAGGGUCAACGAGAAUAGCAAUCCAAUAACGGAAAACAAUAAAAUGGCACAAUUCUUAAGAAUGUUACGCUCUAUGUCACCAAAAUUGGUAUUGAUAGUUGAACAGGAGUCGGAUCACAACUCAACUCGUUUGGUAGACCGCUUUGUGGAGGGAUUACAUUACUAUAGCGCGGUGUUUGAUUCAAUAGAUACCACCUUCACUAGAGGGGAGCUUUCGGAUGAAGAACGGAUCAAGAUAGAAGAUAUGGUCGGGAAAGAAAUCUCAAACAUUGUCGCAUGUGAAGGUUUAGAAAGGGUCGAGAGGCAUGAGAGAAUCAAGAAAUGGGCUGGCAGGUUUUUACGGGCCGGGUUCAAGCCCGUGAACUUGUGGUUUGAGGCCAUGGAAGAAGCCAAGCUAAUAAUAGAAAGUUGUGGGCCGGUGGGUUACAAAGUUGUUACUCAUAGACCAGGGUUGAUGAUUUGUUGGCAUGAUCGGCCCAUCUUUUCAGUUUCAGCAUGGAUUAUUUAA